CAAGGCAUAUUUUGUCAUCAACUCCACGAGUCCUAUAAAGCACCCUCCCAAAAACUCUUCAGUAGCCUCCAGCCGUCAGCACACCACCGGCUACCGUCGCCGUCACCUGAGUCCCGACCCUCCUUCAUCUCUAUUUAUCUAUAUCCUCAUCUCCUUUUUCGAUGUAGUGUGUACGUAUCCAUAUUCAUUUAAUUUCUAUUUUUGCUUCUAUCUGCAUGAACCAGCAAUGGGCAACCUCUGCACUUGUUUCGCACCAAAAACAGUGAAAACAAAGAAACCCAUAAAGCGUUUAACCGGUAACACGCAGUCCGUGCGCAAUUCAAGCAGCCGGUGGAAUCGAAUUCCAUCCACGCGCAAAGACAGCACUGAUUCCGUGAUUCAGGAACAGGCCUUGGCUGCCGCCAUUCUUUUUAGGCAGCACCAGCAACAGAACGGCUCCGGUCCAUUGCCGUUUGAUAGGUCGGCUUCGCUACGGUACCCGAAUAAUUCCGGGUCGAAGAAAACUCAGCUGCCCCGUAGCUCCAGUUCGAGAGCCCGAUCUCUUACCGACCCGUUGUUGCAACCUCACCAGCUACUUAACCAGCAGGAUAUUAAGCUUGAGGAUCUUGAGACAAACCAUUUCGUUCUUGUCCAUGGGGGAGGCUUUGGUGCUUGGUGUUGGUACAAAACAAUUGCUCUUCUAGAAGAGGGUGGUUUCAAAGUUACUGCAGUAGACUUAACUGGAUCUGGGGUUCAUUCUUCAGAUACAAAUGGCAUUGCCAGUCUUUCUCAAUAUGUGAAACCCCUUACCAAUUUUCUUGAAGAACUUGCUGAUGGGGAGAAGGUGAUUUUGGUGGGGCAUGAUUUUGGUGGUGCUUGUAUAUCGUACACAAUGGAGUUGUUUCCUCAUAAAACUUCAAAGGCUAUUUUUGUUGCAGCGGCAAUGCUGACUAAUGGGCAGAGUAUUCUUGAUAUGGUCUCACAGCAGGCAAAUUCAAAUGACUUGUUGCAACAGGCACAGAUAUUUGUGUAUGCAAAUGGGAAUGGUCAUCCUCCAACUGCUAUUGAUCUGGACAAAUCAUUAUUGAGAGAGUUGCUGUUCAACCAGAGUCCUGCCAAGGAUGUUGCAUUAGCAUCUGUUUCAAUGAGGCCAAUUCCUUUUGCACCAGUUUUGGAGAAGCUUUGUCUUUCAGACAUGAAACAUGGAACAGUUAGGCGGUUUUAUAUAGAAACUGCAGAAGAUAAUGCCAUACCUAUCACACUACAGGAAAGCAUGAUAAACUCAAGCCCCCCAGAAAAGGUUUUCCAUUUAAAAGGUGCUGAUCACUCACCCUUUUUCUCCAAGCCUCAAGCCCUUCACAAGAUAUUGGUAGAGAUUUCUAAGAUGCGCUCAACUUGAUAGUUUGGUAACUAGAUAACAUACUGGACUCCUGGAGAGCUUCACUGGAAGAAGCUUAGAAUUGCUGCUCACAUUGGGCUUUCUGCAAUUCAUUAGAAGAGAAGAUUUUUAGUUGUGUAAAUGCGCUUGCCAUUAGAAAAUAAAAAAUAAAUAAAACUCAACCAUUUGUUGGAGCCCGAAAAUGUUUAUCUCCUUCCUC